CACCAGCAAACUGGCGUUCGUCUAAAGUCAGUUUCUCGUUAUCCGGCUUCGAGUGCUGUGUUAAUUUAAAAACAUAUAUCUCUAUAUAUAUAUAUAUAUGUCAUAAACUUAACAAGUAAUUAGUUUUUGUGAACUAGUUGGUGUUUUAUAAAAUUGUUAUUAAUUACAGACUUUGUUUUUUAAAAAUUCAAAUUAAAAGAUAAUUGUCCCGUGGAGUUAAUUCGAGGAAAUUUCAUGGUGAAUUAGUUAAACUGUCAUAUGGUAUGAAGCGUCAAUCCAACCCAAGGGCAUUUUCGAGUACCUGAUUUAUGGAUAAAUUCACUGGGACCCGAUAUGACGUAUCAUCCAUGUGCAUUAUCCAGAUCAAAACGACCGGCACAGUCGACUGACAGCAGAUGUGGCCAUUGUCGCUUCACUGACUCGAUCCCUUAUGGCCAGUGUUGAUAAAUGCGCUUACCUAUACACAUAUCUAUAUCUAUAUAUAUAUAUAAACACAUUCAUCCCCAGUCUAUUAUAUUAUUAGACCCAACAUACGGAUCUCGUUUACUUCAGAAUGCGGCAAUUAUGAUGAACGGAUUAUUAUUUGAAAUAUUGAUGUUACAACCACCGGUCAAUAGUUAUCGUUAUCAUCAAACAUUAAUCCGGAAUGGGCAGACGAUCAGGCGCGUGGUCCAGAGGAUCUAAUAAAAAAAGUGUAUUAUUUUACACAACGGACUGUGGAGGUGAAGAUGAAAAUGAAGAUAUCGCUCUAAGUCUACAGCAGCGUUCAUCUUCACUGACAGCACUACAUAAUGUAGACCCAGCAGUAUCUUCACAGCAAUUUUUAUUACAAGAACCGAGAAUGGCGCAAUUGGAGACUUUGGAAGCUAAGAUGGCGAGUAUCGAGGUGUCAUUAUCCACCACAACUCCGAGAAGAAAAAAGGGUGGAAGUCUUACCGGUGCAAUAACCUUGUCUACCGGUCACAAGAACAGAGAUUACUAUAAAGAGGUCGACGCUCUUAGGGUCGCCCUUCGGGACAAGGAAAACGUUAUCCAGACUCUCAAGAGUCAGCUGUGUAAUAAUUUGAGUAAUCGACUCGCAUUAAGAAAUGGAGUACUUCCAAGCCCGCUCAAUGAAACUGACAGAAAAAAUACUGAAGAGAGAGUUAAUAAACUGGAACGAGACGCUGAUAAUAAAAGACUGGCUAUUAAAAAUCUUAAACUCGCGUUAGAGCGUUUAGAUAUUACGGAUAACAUUGACACGAGGAUACAGCAAGCGGAAUUGGAGUAUCGAUUGGGACGAGAAGAAUUGGAAUUGUUAUCGGUUAUGGAAGAAAUGAGAACACUGCAGGCUGCAUUGGAAUUGGCUGACACUCAGGAGAAACAGAAAAAUGACUCUAUUUUUAGCUGUAUAAAUGAAGCUCGUGGAACGAGAUCAAUGAAUUUAUCAGUGUAUGCCAUUGAAGUGAGCGCAGAUCCCAAGAGCCCGAGAUUCGGUGCGGGUCCACGAGACAAUGCGCCAGGAUUGUACGUCGACUGGGCCGUUGAAGAUUCAGGCCUUCAAAAAGAAGAUAGAUUAUUAGAAGUAAACGGUAAGCUGGUAGUUACUGCAGCAAUGUCAGAUUUAUCAAGAUUACUAGGGGUAACACCAGAAGCCGCACACAUUGUCGUGUUAAGAAAAACAAAUGAUUCAUUAGCGGCCUUACGAGCCCUAAGAUCAGAGAAUCUUCGUCUUAAUCAUCGUAUCAGUUAUCUAGAAGAACAAGUACGUGAUUUAUUAUCAUCACCCGUAAGGACUAAAAUAUCAGUUAUCGACCCGGUGAUUAAUCGUCAAGAUGUUCAAGUGUUUCAAAAAGGCCCGCAAGUGUCGCUGAUAACAGGAAAAAAAUCCAUUGAAAAUUUAUCAACGUCGUUAAAAUUAAAUAGUUCAAAUGGAGAGACACGUGACAAAAGUUUACCGAUUUAUCAAACAGUCACAAGUAUAUCACCCACUAAAUCAACGCGUAGUGAUACUAAUUUACGUACACGUCGUCAUUCAACUGAUUUAUUAUCAACAUCGUCAUCAAAUUUGAAUAAGCUGCAGUCAGAUUUGAAUUAUAAAUUAAUGUCAAGUAAAAAUACAAAGAAAAAUAGCGAAAGUAAAUCAAUUCGCGGGUCAUCAGCAGCGGAAGUGAUAGAUUACUAUCCAGAUAAUAAUCAGCAGCACAAUUAUCAGCAAAGACGGAAAAACAGUACAAGUAGUAGCAGUUUAGCGCACUAUCAAUUAGGAUUAACAGAGUCGGCAAUUGAAUUCGACUCGGAGCCAAUUUACCACCGAUAUAAUCGUAAUGGUAAUGAGGACACUCAGUCAACUUGUUCGUCGCAUUUAAUUACUGACAGUGGUGGCCUGCAAGACGAUAAUAAGAGACGUCCAUUGACGGUAAUGCCAAUCGGAGUACCAAAGAAACCUCUGAGACUCUCAUUACAUCGAGCCACGAGUCUUCAAUCUGUCGAAAGCGCGCCCCCAACACUUUCGACUUCAGCUGCUGUGUCAGCUGCGAGAAAAUCUCUCAAAAGGAAUUAUCAUGAUGACUAUGGAAAUGUCGUUGAAAAUAAUAACAGAAAUAAUAAAUUGGAGAUUUUCAAUGCUGAUAAAGACAGAAAAAAUUACUAUGAUAAUUAUUUACAGUCUUCGUCGGCAUCUACGCCGCAGUUGCAUGUUUUGAAAACGAGUAACUCACGGACGGAAUUGUCUGGUAAAAGUAAUCAGUGGACUCCCCCGAAAUCUAGGAGAUCUAGAUCACAUUUUUCUUCGUUAACGAUGAAUAAAUGGUGUUAGCUACGCUAUAUUUAUUAAUAUU